UACAUAUUCACCACAAACUUCAUCCGAACGCUUGUCACUCAGCGAAUCGUGGUGAAUAACCGAUUCAUUCAUGUCCUUCAUGACUCUAUCAAUGGAGCACUCCAUCCAUUGUUGUGAUCCAGUCCGGGACAGUAUUUUACUACGAAGUAACGGUUUCAUGUGUGUACUUUCAAUAUUCGAUGGUAAACACCGCAGCGUAAAUCCGUGAACAAUGACGAAUUGUUGCCGAAUCUGCCUUGACAGGGAAAACACGAUCCUUUCCUUGGAAACCAUAGUCGAUUCCAAUGGCACAAAAUUGACCUGCAUGCAAAUGUACGAGAGCAUAACAAAACUGGAGGAACCAGCGAAUAAUUCUUUCCAAAUUCCACGACACAUUUGCAUAUCUUGCCUUGGGGAGCUGAACAGGUGCUACAAAUUUCAGCAAAAGGCAAUUGAAUCGUUUAACGUGCUUAUUAGACAACAUUUCUUGCAUCAAGAAAGGCAAUUUGAACAAAUUAGUGAGAUUAAUACAUGUACUGAUGGGCCAAUAAAGAGUGAACCAGUCGAGCAAAAAGAUUUGACAAAUCCUGUUGGGCGCAUACAGAGCCCAGUAAUAUCCCCUCACCAUACUGAUGAAGAAUAUUUAGAAGUAGACUUCCUAGAAGAGAAAUCAUACCACGAACAGAGCCCUCAUGAAUGUGCUGACAGCGAUAAACUUGUGCAGGAGAAUGUCGCCAUUGUCGAAUCUAACCACAAAUGUACAGAUUGCCCGAAGGAUUUCGAAUCUCAAGCUGCUUUCGACACACAUUUAGUUCUGGAGCAUUUUCAGGAAACACCCGAUGGGGACUUUAUUUGCCCUGUUUGCAGUAAGGUGUUCAACAGUAGAAGGUGUCUGCGUCAGCAUAGCCGAACUCACCAAGAUAGGAACGCCAGAAAACAUAGAUGUCGUUACUGCGAGAAAGCCUUCAACUUUGGUCAUCAUCUCAAAAUACACGAACGAAUCCACACCAAGCAGAAGCCGUUCUCGUGUUCUACGUGCGGAAAAACGUUCGCUUCCAAAGAUAGGCUCGCAAAUCAUCAUCUCCAGCACGUGGAUGAACCACGGUAUGCUUGCGAACUGUGUUCUGCCUGCUUCCGAAGCAAGAAAGUGCUGAAAAUGCAUUCUAUCUUGAAACACGAUGCACCGGUUGGAAAGUUUGAAGCCAUCGAAUGUAAUAAAUGCGAUAAGAAGCUGUAUUCCAAAUCGGCAACGAACGCCCACAUGAGAGGACCAUGCGGAACUGAUUUAACUGUUGAUGUUGUAGGUGCCUCAGUACUACCUAGUACCUAAUAUGACAAUAAAAUAAUAAAUAAUGAAAAGUUA